ACGUCAUUAUGACCUGGUUGGGUUAGGUUUGCUUGGAAAUUUUUGUUAUAAACCUUGUAUUUUGUUAAUAAUAAUUUGUUGUGCUGCCUAUUUUACAUUAGUAAAUUUAAUAGCUCCCAAAAUAGAGGCCUUUUUGGUGCCAACAAGUGUUUUUUCAACGACGUUCUCUGGCGAAAAUGAAUCGCCAUGAAGGAGUCAGCUGUGAUUCUUGUUUGAAAAAUAACUUUAGAGGACGACGAUACAAAUGUUUGAUUUGCAUCGAUUACGACUUGUGCGCUACUUGCUACGAGUCCGGCGCUACCACGAAUCAACACACUACCGAACACCCCAUGCAGUGCAUUCUUUCUAGAAGUGAUUUUGAUUUAUAUUAUGGAGGAGAAGCAUUAACAUUGGAACAGUCACAGGCGUACACGUGUCCUUUUUGUAACCGCAUGGGUUUUACCGACACUGGUCUCAUGGAGCAUGUAACGGCGGAACACGCUGACACAACCCUUGCCGUAGUUUGUCCGGUGUGUGCAUCAAUGCCAGGUGGUGAGCCUAAUUUCGUCACGGAUGACUUUGCUGGCCAUCUUACACUCGAGCACAGGACCGGGUCUAGAGAUCUCAUCUCUUUUUUGGAUGAACCCAGUGGUAUCCGGCAUGGCGGAGUACGACGCAUGCCCCACUCCGGUCGCGGCGUGAGUCGCGCGCGCCGUACUAACAUGCAGUUCAGCACCGGCGGGGGCGGGAUCUCGUCGCUGUCGCCGUCGUCCCGGGACGCGGUGGUGGAUCCGAUCGCGGAGCUCCUCUCCCAGCUGUCGGGCGUGCGGCGCGGCGCGCAGCCCGGCACUCCCAGCCAGCUCCAGCAGCUACAGAUGCAGCUGCAGCUCGAACGACACCAGGCAACUGCGGCGCGACAGCAGCUGGAGCGGUUGCCGCGACGCGGGGCCGCCAGUUCGACGGCCGCGCCGCCCCCCGCGCCCCAGCCCGCCGCGCAACUGCAGCAGCUGCAGCACGACAGCAGCGACUCACAGUUCCUGCUCGCCUCUUUCCUGGGAGGUGCGAGUACUGCGAGCGCGUCAGAGACAGAGAGUCGUGCGGCGUUGCUGCGCGGAUUGAUGCUGGCGUCGCUAGGUCGCGCGGCGCCGGCUCGCGCCCCGCCCGCGCCCCGGGCCCGCCCCGCGCCCGUCCGCGCCGCGCGCCGCGCCCCGCUCCCCCCGCCCCCCGCGUCAAGCCGACGCCGCGCACCAAGCUGCCGGUGCGGCCCCGCGCCGACGCCGCCGCGGAUGCCCACUGACGCUAGCCGCCCGCCGCUCCUCGUUUCUCGCUGACUCCUCCUAGUGAACGCUUGGGAUACGUUCGUUUCGUUGGCUUUCGAAAUAUCAGUGUGGUUUCCUUUGUCUUAGAGGAGUUAUAGUGGUGGAAUGUUUCGAUCGAUCCGGUCGAGGCCGUGGCCGCCGUCAUCCCGCGCGGACACCGCGGCUCUCGACCGGCACCGGUUUUGUUGACGUUGAGUUAUAGUAUUUAUUUGAAGGCGUGGGAGCCGCCACGAGCGUGAUAGAGGUAGUCGUAGAGUAUAAAAAUAUAAUCUUUUCUUUGCCGCGCUCCAGUUCAAUGUUGAUUGACAACUUGUAGAUAUUGUGUUUCUCUCUACUCGAAACCUACUGACUCCUCUUAAUUUUAUUAAUUUGGUUUUAUUGCAGUUGAAUAUUAUGGUUGGAAAACUACUUACACACUCUUUCACUAGCUAUUUGAUGAAAGUGCUUAUUAGUUCGAUUAAUUAUUAUACUCCAACAUUACAAAAUGUUUGUAUGUACCCUAAUUAAAUUAUAUAAUAUUAAAAUAUAGUUGUGUAUUCAUUUUA